AUGGCCGAUCCGUUUUCAAACCUCUUCUCGACAUUUAAAGGUGUUGAAAAGAAUGAAGGGACCGCAAAUGAGCAAGUAAACGACAAUCCAGUGCCUCAUCAAUCAACGGGUUCAAGAACUCCGGUUUAUUCUGAUCUAGAUCAAAUUUUGGGAACCAGAGUCGUUGAAAAUGUUGCUCAACCGGUUUCAGACGACUUAGAUGACGCUUUUGACGUAUUUAACUCCCCAACCCCGCCACAAAUGCCCGAAUCAUCCUUCGAAUCCACAUAUGGGCAAGUGAACUCUGAACCACCGGUGGUGGACGAAAUAAAAGAUAUGGAAAUAGCCAAACUUAUGUCGCUCGGGAUGAGCUUGGAAAAAGCCACUGACUAUCACGACCGAGGGAUAGUGUACGAGCGUAUCGUGGAAAGAAUGUCUCACAAGCGAGAAAAUGAUCUCAGACCAGCCGAUCGCAACACAAGCGAAGAACCGGAUCUUUUCUCGCUCGCUUCGGGAUGGCUGUCGAAAGGACGUACAUUUUUGGAUUCCACUUUCAAACAGGCCUCCAGCCCUCAAGCCACCUCGUUCAGUCAGCACAUCUCGGCCCGGUCAGAACAAGACAGCGCGCAAGUAGGAAGUCAUCGUUCCUUUCGCCCAAACAUCGGUACACAAAAUCUGUCGGCAAAUCGUAAGAAUCAGCAUCCACCAACGUCUAACUUAGCAAGAAGCGCUCGUGGACAUUUCGAGGUGUCUGAGGAAAUACCGAAAGCCAGCACUUUUGAUUCGGAAGCUUCAGUAACUCAACGAAAGGACAAAGCAGAAAACCUACUCGAUUUCGACUUUGAUUCGUCCGUUGAACCCCAUCAAGACAAUUUUACCAAUAAUGUUCAUCUAUCACCCAUUGAGCUUCAUAGUUAUCAAGAGUUCAAGGGCAAGGCAUCAGAGGCUUUUACAGCUGGCGAUUAUGACCUUGCGUUACAAAAUUAUGAGAAAAGUCACAACAGUUUGCCUUCAACUCAUCCUUGGCAAACGAUUUCACUUUCAAACAUGAUUGUAUGCCAAUUGAAGCUAGGUCAGUAUCGAAAUGCUCUUGAAAAUGCAGAUGAAGCUUUGAGUAAAGUGCCGCUGAAUAAUUUAGAUCAAGAGAUUCCACAUGCUGCACCGGUUAAAACCUUCAAAGAUAUGUGGACGAAAGUUCUGUCAAACAAGGCACAAGCGCUUGAAGCAAUCGAAGACUACAAGAACGCUCUACUCACAUAUCAAGCACUUAUAGAAAAGGGAGUCACAUCCAAAAAAGUCCUUGAUGCCAGGCUCCGCUGCCAAAAGGCUUUGGACCCUGAGAAGUUCAAAGCCACAUCGAAACCAAAACCUAAACCUGUUUCAACCACAAACAGAGAAGCAAGCCCUUUUAUCUCUCAGCAAGAAAAAAAAAAAACAGCUCAAGGUAAAGCUUCCAAUGCUUUAGAGGAUCAAAGAUUUCUUCUCCACGACAAAGUUGAGCAACGUGUUUUUGCUUGGUCAAAAGGCUAUGAAAAAAACCUUCGCGAACUACUAGCUCGCUUGCAGCUUAUCCUAGAUUGGUGCGAUUGGAAAGAGGUACCUUCUUCUACGUUGGUGAUGCCCAAGAAAGUCAAAAUAACAUAUCUGAGAGCAGCCUCUAAAACACAUCCCGACAAAAUACAGGAAUCUUGGCCCAUGGAAAGAAAAAUGGUUGCUGAGUAUGUCUUCACCAUUUUGAGUAAGGCCUGGGAAAUUUUCAAGGAGGAGCAUAAAAUGUCUUAA